AUGGACUGCUGCUUUCCCUUCUGGCCCUUUCGGCGCGGCGUCUAUGCCACGAUCUCGUAUGCUUUGGAAGAUGGCCAGUACAAGGAUGCCGGAAAGCGCGUGAAGUUCAUCCAGGACGGCCGCUCCGCCUUCACCCGCACGCGGAGCCUGGAGACGGACGGCUUCUGCCUGACGACGCUUCCCCUCGAGCGGACCGCAGGCCACGACCUCUUCAAUUACUUGGAGACCAGCAAGGCCUUGUACCCUCUGGCCGAAGAGGUGCUGAAACGGACCUUUCCGUGCUGUACGAAAGUGCUGGUCUUCGACCACAUCGCCCGGCAUGACGCCCGUUACGCCAAAGAGGCCGCAGCGGGAGAGAUCACCAAGAUGCUCGCCAGUGGUCCUGCCUUCUCGGUGCACGGCGAUUACACCGUGCGCAGCGGCUUCACGCGGCUGCAGUCGUUGAUGAAGGGCUACGAAGCGGAGCAGCGCAUUGACGAGGUCUUGAAGCAACGCUUCGCCUUCGUGAACGUUUGGGUACCUCUCAAGAAGGUGGAGCGGGACCCGUUGGGUUUGAUCGAAUGGAGCAGCCAGAGGCCGUGCGAUGUGGUGACUGUGAAGUUCAUCUACCCGCACCGCACUGGAGAGACCUAUCGCGUCAUGCCCAGUGACCUCCACCGAUGGGUCUACUAUCCUGACAUGCUGCCUGGGGAGUGCCUGGUAUUCAAGGUCUUCGACUCCUCUACCGAUGGCCGGGCGCGGUUCUCGCUGCAUGGAGCGUUUCAGGAUCCGACUAGCCGCCCGGAUGCGGCGAGCCGUCAGAGCAUCGAGAUGCGCUGCGUGGUCUUCUUUGAUGUGCUCCCCGAGGGCUUUGGCGACACCUUCGUGGCGCCACACUUGCUCCCAGGCACCGACUGCAUCAUGAACCCCGAGCGGGUGCCAGUGACCGCGAAACACCUGGGGCAGGCGCCCACGGCCUUCCUUCGACAGACCACCGACCAGACGCUGACGCCCAAGCCAGUGCCCCACUACGAGGUGGUCGUGCUGCAAAAGGCGUGGAAGCUUCGCCCGGGCAACCGGAACUUGCUAGAGGCUUUGGCCCUGCUGAUGCAUGCCUUGAGGAAGCACUCCAGGUCCUACAACAGCUUUCCGCAGGCGAAGGAACAGAGUAUCACACCUGAAGCGGCUGCAGCAGAUGCAAUGUACAUGAUGUCAUUGCGCAGCUAUAUUCCGUAUUCCUUUGAGGAUGAUGAGCUGGACUGGGAGGAGGAGGACAAGGUGGUGGAAGAACGAGGAGCUUGGUACCUCUUCGAGACACCCAACGCCUUGGAGCUCGAACGGCAACGGCUCGUGGCUGAAGCCUGUGAGUGCACAGGCAUCUCCCAGGACGAGGGCAGCUUGCUGCUGAGGAGCUGCGGCUGGGAUGUGGCGACCUUUCACGAGGCCUUCUUCGAAGAUGCUUCAGCUCUGAGACAUCGUGUGGGGGUUGGAGAGGACGUCCUCAUGUCCUCUGAUGGGCCGAUCCUCUGUGGCAUUUGCUUCUCGGAGCCUGGAGAGAGUCUCAUGCCUUGCCAGGUCUCCGACCAAGCGCUGUUCUGCCGGAACUGCUGGCGGCAGUACUUGAGGGGCGCCGUCCUGGAAGGGAAAGGCUGCCUGGACUUGAGAUGCCCGGCACCUAGCUGCAAGGAGUUGGUCCGCCCGUCGCUCUUCAUGGCCUUGCUGGAAGCACCCCUCUUGGAGCGUUAUCAGCGCUUCCUCACGGAGAGCUUGGUGGAUGACUCCCGCGGCAAGCUCCGCUGGUGCCCCGGCGUGCGCUGCCGCGCGGCCGCCCAGCAUCCGGGCGCGGCGGGCGCGGAGGUGAGUUGUCGCAGCUGUGGCACGGACUGGUGCUUCCUUUGCGGCAACGACGUGCAUCGCCCGGUGACCUGCGACACGGUGAAGCGCUGGGAGGAGAAGAACCGCGAUGAAGGUUGCGAUGUGGUGUGGAUCAAGGCAAAUACCAAGCUCUGCCCCAAGUGCCAAAAUCCCAUUGAGAAGAAUGGAGGCUGCAUGCACAUGACGUGUCGAAAGCCCGGAGGUUGUGGCCACGAAUUCUGCUGGAUUUGCAUGAAGAAAUGGAAUGACCACCGGCAGUGCAACGCGGUCGAAGAGGACGUGGUGGGAAAGGCAGCGUCGAAGCAUGAGCUACUGCGCUACGCUCAUUACUUCGAACGUUACUUGGCACAUCACAAGGCCGAACACUUCGCCGCGAGCGAUCUGCUCAAGGCCUCCGAGGCCGUGGCGGAACUCUUCACGCAGUCGCUGGGCGUCACCGUCAGCGAUGUGGCUUUCAUGGAACAGGCCUGCCAGCAGAUCCGCCACAGCAGGCGGUUCCUCAAGUGGACCUAUGCCCACGGCUACUUCAUGCGCUGUGACGAGGCCAAGAAGAAGCUCUUCGAGUUUCAUCAGGCCCAGUUGGAAGGAACCCUCGAGCGUUUGAGCGACCUCAUGGCAGAGCGGUGA